AGAAGAGGAGAAAAGAAGAGAAGAAGAAGAGGAAGAGGAAGAAGAAAAAGAAGAAGAACAACAAGUAGCUUGAGAUCAAGAACUUACCUAGGAAAACUGCAGCAGGGCUUGAGAUCGCAGCAAGGCUCGCAAGUGGCGAACUGAAAGAAGAGAAGCGCAGGGCAAAUUCAGCAUUCUGCUGUUAUUUUAGUCCUACGCUACUUCAGAUAAAACUAGUAAUCCUAUAAUGAAAUUUUUCAUAAGUUUUAGUCCUAUUUAGGUAAAUCCUUCUUUAGGUUAAUAAUAAUGACAUAAUUCCAUAGGCCUUACGGAUCUGCAGAUUUUCCUCUCGUCAGCGCACUGUUCAGUUUAGGAGAAAGCGUUGCUUUCUGAAAUGGCAUCAAUCGCAGGACGUGCUGGAUCAACGGGCUUGUCAUUCCUCCACAAAGCCCUAACUUCGGCCGAAAGAUCUAACCUUCGUCGAUCCUUUGUCUGCCCUACACUUUCCAAUCACGAGCUAUUGAGAAAUUAUGCAACCGCCCCUGCUUCAAAAGAACAAAAAGUUAAGGUGCCCUUGACAAUGUAUGGGGUUUCCGGAAACUAUGCCUCUGCUUUGUACCUUGCAGCAGUGAAGUCAAACACGCUAGACAAAGUUGAGUCAGAACUCUCUGACCUUUCUGCGGCUGCGAAGAAAAGUCCUACAUUUUCUCAGUUCAUGAAGGAUCCUUCUGUGCCUUCUGAAACUAGAGUAACUGCCAUUAAGGAAAUUUGUGCUCUGGCUAAAUUUGGAGAUGUCACCAGGAACUUCUUGUUUGUUUUGUCUGAAAACGGGAGGCUGAAAGAGCUUGACCGCAUCGUGAAACGAUUCAAAGAGUUAACCAUGGCACACAGGGGAGAAAUUAAAGCCAUUGUGACAUCUGUAAUUCCCCUUCCUCCAGAAGAGGAGAAAGAAUUGAAGGCCACACUGCAGGAGAUGGUUGGGCAUGGGAAGUCUGUCCAAAUUGAACAGAAGAUUGAUCCAAGCAUCCUUGGUGGCCUUGUACUGGAAUUUGGGCAGAAAGUCUUUGAUAUGUCGAUAAAGACUCGGGCCCGCCAGAUGGAGAGAUUCCUUCGUGAACCACUCAACUUUUGAAGAAGAAAGCUGCAUUUCACUCUUUGAGUCCUUAAUAUGCAUUUUUUCUUGUUUCUGAUAAGAUAAAAGUUUUUUUUUUGCAAAUAAAGAAAUCUUUGUUUUUUGUGAGAUUUGAUUGGGAUAAAGAAAACCCCUAAUUAUCCUGUGAUGUUUUUACCUGAUUCACAUCCUUGAAGUCUUGAACCAGCAUAAACUAUCAUAUUUCCCUAAUUGAUGUUCUUAUGUUAAGUUCCAACAUGCUUAUGUUUAGUAACAUUUGUAUAGUUGAUAUUUUUUAAAUUGGAUACGAGGAUUAGACAAUUUCCUCAUUGAUUGGCAUGUCA